AUGGGUAACUGGUUGAUUUUGGUGGUUUUGGCCCAUGUUGUGGUAAUUACAAGUGCAAGAAUUGUGCCAAUGGCAGAAAGGGUUUUAAAGAAAAACAUUGUUGAUGUUCGUCUUUCUAUUAGUGGGGGACUAUCUGGUGGAGUAUCUGGAGGUGUUAACACUACUAGUGGGGGACUAUCUGGUGGAGUAUCUGGAGGUGGUAACAUUACUAGUGGUGGACUUUCUGGUGGAGUAUCUGGAGGUGGUAACACUACUAGUGGUGGACUUUCUGGUGGAGUAUCUGGAGGGGGACUAUCUGGUGGAGUAUCUGGAGGUGGUAACACUACUAGUGGUGGACUUUCUGGUGGAGUAUCUGGAGGUGGUAACACUACUAGUGGUGGACUUUCUGGUGGAGUAUCUGGAGGUGGUAACACUACUAGUGGUGGACUUUCUGGUGGAGUAUCUGGAGGUGGUAACACUACUAGUGGUGGACUAUCUGGUGGAGUAUCUGGAGGUGGUAACACUACUAGUGGUGGACUUUCUGGUGGAGUAUCUGGAGGUGGUAACACUACUAGUGGUGGACUUUCUGGUGGAGUAUCUGGAGGUGGUAACAGUACUAGUGGUGGACUUUCUGGUGGAGUAUUUGGAGGUGGUAACACUACUAGUGGUGGACUUUCUGGUGGAUUUUCUGGGGGAGUAUCUAGUGGACUGAAUGGCAGUAUUACUAAUGGCAGUGGACAAUUUGGUGGAUUAAAUGGAGGCGGUAAUAUUACAGGAGGUGGAAUAUUUAGUAGACAAAAUGGAACCGGUAAUGCUACUGAUGUUGGAAUAACUAUUGGUGUAAGAGGAGGCGGUGAUUUUUCUGGUGGUGGUAUAUCUGGUGGAUUAAACAGUGGACAAAAUGGAGUCGAUAAUGUUAUUGGUGAUGGAAUAUUUGGUAGGCAAAGUGGAGGCGUUAUUGCCACUAAUAGAUUGAGAGGAAGCAAUAAUCCAACUGGUGGUGGUCUUUCAACUGAAUUAAAUGGAGGAGGUAAUGCUAAUGUUGGUGGUAAUUUUACAAGUGGGGAAUAUUUGUUGGACUAA